CCGUUACCCUGGCGCAGCCAGACUCCGUUGCGCAGCUGUCGAGGAGGAAGCCUUGCCCAGUAGGAGGCCGUGGCUUGUGACCGUUCUGCUCGCCCGCCAUCAUGAGAGAGAUCGUACAUUUGCAGGCCGGCCAGUGCGGCAACCAGAUCGGCGCCAAGUUCUGGGAAGUGAUCUCGGACGAGCAUGGCAUAGACCCCACCGGCACCUACCACGGAGACAGCGACCUGCAACUCGAGCGCAUCAACGUCUAUUACAACGAGGCCACCGGUGGCAAGUAUGUCCCUCGAGCUGUGCUGGUGGACCUGGAGCCUGGCACCAUGGAUUCUGUCCGCUCGGGCCCCUUCGGGCAAAUCUUCCGUCCAGAUAACUUUGUGUUUGGUCAGAGCGGAGCAGGGAACAACUGGGCCAAGGGCCAUUACACAGAGGGGGCCGAGCUGGUUGACUCCGUGCUAGAUGUGGUGAGGAAGGAGGCAGAAAGCUGUGACUGUCUCCAGGGCUUCCAGCUGACACACUCCCUGGGGGGCGGCACUGGUUCUGGCAUGGGCACCCUCCUCAUCAGCAAGAUCCGCGAAGAGUAUCCCGACAGGAUCAUGAACACUUUCAGCGUGGUCCCCUCCCCCAAAGUGUCGGACACUGUUGUCGAGCCCUACAACGCCACCCUCUCGGUGCACCAGCUGGUAGAAAACACGGACGAGACCUACUGCAUUGACAACGAAGCCCUCUACGACAUCUGCUUCAGGACCCUGAAGCUGACGACGCCCACUUACGGCGACCUCAACCACCUGGUGUCGGCCACCAUGAGCGGGGUGACCACUUGCCUGCGGUUCCCGGGCCAGCUCAAUGCCGACCUGCGCAAACUGGCCGUCAACAUGGUCCCCUUCCCCCGCCUCCACUUCUUCAUGCCCGGCUUUGCCCCCCUCACCAGCCGCGGCAGCCAGCAGUACCGGGCUCUGACGGUGCCGGAGCUCACCCAGCAGAUGUUUGAUGCCAAGAACAUGAUGGCGGCCUGCGACCCCCGCCACGGCCGCUAUCUCACAGUUGCCGCCGUCUUCAGGGGGCGCAUGUCCAUGAAAGAGGUGGAUGAGCAGAUGCUGAACGUGCAGAACAAGAACAGCAGCUACUUUGUGGAGUGGAUCCCCAACAACGUGAAGACGGCUGUCUGUGACAUCCCGCCCCGGGGCCUGAAAAUGUCGGCCACCUUCAUUGGCAACAGCACGGCCAUCCAAGAGCUGUUCAAGCGCAUCUCUGAGCAGUUCACGGCCAUGUUCCGCCGGAAGGCCUUCCUGCACUGGUACACCGGGGAAGGCAUGGAUGAGAUGGAGUUCACGGAGGCCGAGAGCAACAUGAACGACCUGGUGUCCGAAUACCAGCAGUACCAGGAUGCCACUGCUGAGGAGGAGGGCGAGUUUGAGGAAGAAGCCGAGGAGGAAGCCGCCUAAAGAGCCCAGCCCUCCGUGAACACCUGUGUAAAUUAUGUUGAAAGCUGUAACAAACUUUAUUCAUUCCAAACUUGUUCUGUUUUCUUUGUUCUGCACUUCCGAUUUCUUCCUGAUGUCAUCUUCUGUCUGCUGCUGUACAGACAUUAAAGGCAUUUUCACCCUGCA